GUUACCUAAUGCGACGAUGCAUCAAUUUCCUUUUUUGUGCUCACUAGGCUCAAAGUUUCUGAAGUGAAUCGACUAUUUCACUUGCUAAGUUUCCGUCUAUCUAACCAGGAAGCAAUUGCUGGCAAAUGAAACGUUGUCUACAUUUCAAAGGACAGCCGAAACCCUCAACUUUCAGAGCAAGAACUUCAGAUGCCUGACUAUGUAUUUUACCGUACUUUUGAUGUUGGAAAUCGCAUAAUAUCUGAUAAGAUGGAUGAUAAAGUUGUUGGGCUUGCAGUUACGUUUCUAUUUAAUAGGAAAAAGGGUGAACGUAUUGGUAAUGUUCCUAAACUAGAUGCUGACAAGAAAGAGGAGCUUCUAGAGUUCAAAACUGCAAAGACUGAUGAAAAUCCAAUUGAUUUGGUGGAAAGAGGAAGAGAAGAUAUUAAAGGUUCACUGGUUGGAAAGAUAUCUUUAUCUAACGCUAAACCUGUAUGUGGCGCUGCCUUGGUUUCCAAUAAUGUGGUACAACCAGUGGUCGACAGGGAUCUCUUGUAGGAGACAAAGGCA